GGCAACGGGACGCGGCUCCUGGGUGGCGAGCAGGCGCGUGUGUAGGGACGAAGUUUCGCUCUUGUUGUGUAGGCUGGAGUGCAAUGGCACAAUCUCAGCUCACUGCAACCUCUGCCUCCUGGGUUCAAGUGAUUCUCCUGCCUCAGCCUUCCAAGUAGCUGGGAUUACAGGAAUUAGAAAUGGAGUCAAUAUAUCUUCAAAAGCACCUCGGGGCAUGUUUAACUCAAGGUCUUGCAGAAGUGGCAAGAGUUCGCCCAGUGGAUCCAAUAGAAUAUUUAGCAUUGUGGAUUUACAAGUAUAAGGAAAAUGUGACCAUGGAACAACUGAGACAAAAGGAAAUGGCCCAGCUGGAGCGUGAAAGAGAAUUAGCUCUGAUGGAGCAGGAAAUGAUGGAGAAGCUCAAAGCAGAGGAGCUCUUACUUCAGCAGCAACAGCUGGCAUUGCAGCUGGAGUUGGAAAUGCAAGAAAAGGAGAGGCAGAGAAUACAAGAACUACAGAGAGCUCAAGAACAAUUAGACAAGGAGAUGAGAAUGAAUAUGGAAAAUCUAGUUAGGAGUGAAGAUACUCUACAUUCAGAGGAAGCAACACUAGACUCAGGCAAAACACUAGCUGAAAUCAGCGAUCGUUAUGGAGCACCUAACUUGAGCAGAGUGGAAGAACUUGAUGAACCAAUGUUUUCUGAUGUUGCAUUAAACAUUGAUCAAGAUUUGUAGGACCAACCAACCUAAGAGCAAUAAAUGUUUUUGUUUGUUUCAAAUUUCAAA